AAAAGGUUUUUUUUCUUUCUUUAAAAGGUCCGACUAAAGUUGAGUAUACUCUCACAUUCACAACUGAUUCUUCCUAAUUACUCUCUAAGUAAGUCUUUCUCUUUCUAAAUCAUUUUGUUAACUUUUUCCCUUUUAUUAAUGAACAUAAAAAAUUAAUUCUGUUCAUAAUCAACUAUUGUAAUUUUUAUAUCAGGCUUUGAAUUUCCAUUUGCCCAUGGCAUCAUCAAACCAUGAAGAUCAGGGUAUUAGAAGGGUGACAUAUACUGAACGUCAACGUAAUAAUUUUUCGAGAGCAUCAGAUUCUGCAGCAAAUGCUUCACGACAACAAUGUAAUUCAUUUUUCACAAAUUUCAACCAAAGCAGAAAUAAUAAAUCAUAUUAUCAUCAUCAAAGGAGGGCCGCAAUGAAUAGAAUUGAAUACUACAAUAUUCAAAAUGAAAUUUGGUGUUCUUCCUAUCAUGGUGCUUGGGGCUACUCAAUUCCUCUUCCUAUGCCUCACCCAUCAGGAUUCUUACCUCCAAUGGUUCAUUAUAUAAACGAACCAUAUAAUAUGUAUAAUCCUUAUGUACCACCGAUGCCACAAAUAUAUCAACCACCAUAUUAUUAUGAUAAAAAGUUGUAUUGGAGGAUAAUAAAUCAAGUUAAUUAUUACUUCAGUGAUGAAAACUUAUUUAAAGAUACAUUCCUGAAGAGAAAUAUGGAUGACCAUGGAUGGGUUUGGAUUACACUAAUCGCUUCUUUUCCUAGAAUUCAACAAUUAACAAAUGAUAUUGAAUUUAUUUUAUUUGCACUGAAGGGAUCAAGUUUUGUUGAAGUAUGGGGCUACAAAAUAAGGAGGAAGACAGUAUAUAUCAGCAAUUAAACAGACUUUCAAUAAUCCUCAAAUCCCUCAGUAUUAUUUAUAUGGGAGUGUGUGCUUUAGGAUUUAAGAUUGAUUUCUUGAAGAGCAGUAGUAAUUUAAUGCCCAAAUAUUAUCAAAAAGUUAGUGGAAGCAUAUUGUAAUGUACCUAUGGAUAUGUAAAUGGUUGAAGCAAUUAUAUUGCUCAACAAAUUAUAUAUUGCAGAUAGGAUCUUAUUUGUUUAAUUAAUUGUUAAAUUAACAGUAAGGUUACUUUGAA